CCCUUGUCACAGCCUUGGCUGCGUCCUUACCCGUCUCAUUCAAUCUCCUCCCCUCUUCUCCAGCAAAGCUACCAAGUUCGAGAAUUUCUUAGCACGAAGAAUCUGCUCCACAGUGCUUAUUCAGUCGGCUUGCGGGAACCUUCACACCUUUCGAAGCUUCAUCUUUCCAUCUCGCGCCGUUGCUCGUCUGUCUCGACGGAGAAGCUUUUCAUUCCUGGCAUGCUAGCGGACCCUUCAUCUUACUAGCUGUCAUACAUGUAACAAUGGCACACCCUGAUCUCACAUCACAUCAUGUCAAUUACCUAAUAUGGAGGUACCUCCAAGAAUCAGGACACGGUGAGGCCGCAAUCACUCUGCAGCGCGCGUGGAAUCAUGAUCCGCAGAGUUUGCCAUUCGCCCCAUACAUCAAAACCCAUGCUCUGGUCUCUUUAGUACAAAAGGGCUUACAGUAUUACGAACUGGAGCAUUCCAUUGACCGGGAUGGAAAUGCCACCUCAUUCUCACCGUCGAGUUAUUUCUUCGGGCCAGCUCCAUUAGAAUCGGAGACAUCAAAGGUUGAAAAUGGCCUGGGGGAGACAGCAGUUGGCACUGACCAGGCGCCUGUCUCGCCCGCGAGCAAAGUUGCGCGCGAGAGCGGCGGAGGCGCCGGCGGCGGCGGCGGCGGCGUGAUCAACGGUCAUUUGACGGCCGAGGCUGCCGCCCCCCAGCCCGCCCCCAGUGUCAAGAAAGCCCGAAAGAGCGACCGCUCAGAAGCUAAUGGAGACGAGGUGCCGAUGGAAGUAGACUCCAAUGGAGUCUCCCAUCCAGAAAUUGUACCCGCAGUGGCAGUUGAAGAAUCGACGUCAGCAGCCGAGAUGGUUGUGGAUGGGGACGGUGAUGUGAGCAUGGGCAUCCGACCGGAGUCGCAGGACCAGGAACCACCCGCACCGCCGCCGCCGCCGCCGCCAACCUUUACCCUGACAACCGGCCACAGCGUUGGCGUCCAGAUCACCCCCGCCAAGGCGGCUGACCUGGGACCCGACACCGCCCUACUGGAUGUGGCUGUUGAUGAGCACGUGACACGAACCUUGUGGCGCCCCAACGACCCUACCGUUGUCGUCGCCGCCGGCGAUACAUUCUGUAGUCUAUGGAGAUUAUCAUCGAACGCUUCCCCUGUGCAAGAGAAACUGGUCGAGAACAAUGGCGACCGCACCUGCGUCUCAGCGGUGUCUUGGGAGCCCAAUGGGCACAAGUUGGCUGUGGCGACCUACAAUGAUAUGAGAGGCUCGAUCACGAUGUAUGAUGUCUUUGGGCACGCCGUCGACUUGCUUCCAGAGGUACCACGGAUGAUCACCGGCCUGCACUGGGCGGAGAAUGGCUCAAAAUUGAUUGUGGUUGCUUCCGAUAGCCGAAUCUCGGAACUCGCUCUUUGGGACGAUUCUUUACGUCCGGACGAGUUCCCCUCUCCACAAGUCAUCGAUGGAACUGUACUCGAUCUUUGCUGGCUCGGACCCAGCCAAGUCUAUGCUUGUGGUCCUGGAAUUGUCUAUCAGUGUGAUGUGGGCUCAAGCGUCCAUAUUUCCAAAACCUACUCCUCGAGUAAUACAGAGAGGCUUUGGGCUUUCAUCCGGUGUGCUACUGUUGGCUCCACACCCGUGGCCGUUGCUGCAUCCUCCGCCAAUGCUGCGCUGUGGGUACCGACCCACGAUAUACACCUCGAAAACGCCCAUGAAGGCGAUAUCACCGCAAUCGAAAUCAAGCCCAACAGAGAACAGUCUUCGGUAAUGCCAACACUAUUCAUGGCCUCAUCAUCAACCGAUGAUACGGUGAAGGUCUGGCAGAUUAAUCUAGAGUCAAAACGAUUUGAAUGCAUACAUCAACUCUCUCUCGGCCCGUCUUCGCCCGCUCUGGCUGCCAGCUUCUCGCCCGAUGGCUACGCCCUUGCCGCUGCCAGCAAGGACAAUCUAGUCAUAUGGAAUGCACAACGGGGUGGGACUGCGAUGGCUGCUUGGAAAGCCCCGGGACGUGAACAGCGGAAGGUGGAGGAUGAAUCAGGCGGGCCUGUCAAUGGACAUAAUGGAACUGCAGAGCCAGUGCUAGAUCGCUCUCUAGCGUGGGAUACCGAUGGCAAAAGACUUGCUUUCGGGUUUGGUAACCAGCUGGCCAUUGUCAAUUUGCAACGCUGAGUGGCCCGCAUUGCCGAACGAGGAUCCCCACCACCCCAAUCAUUCCCAAAUCUGCACUAGAAAUCCCACGAUAUGAUUCUCGAUCAGUCGAAGCACAUACUGCCACUAUUAUCAAAUGGCGAUGAAGGCAAAUUGGGGGUUCCAGCCAGCUGCAGCACCAUGCCUCGAUAUUUCGGUCAGACCUUGUCUUUUCGCUCCUGGUUCUCGGCAGGCCCCGAUGUACUAUGUUGUGAAAGCGUACCCUUGGAAAGCAUCCAUUUACGUCUACAAAUUACACCGUUACAGCUAUACUACCAUAAUUAUAGUUCUUUCUUCGAUAAAUCUUUGGGUUAGAUCACCUCUCAGCGGCGCAUGUUGGGUCUCAGGCAGCAAAAGCGGCGGUUGGCGACUUUACGGGGUGAUUUCGGUGGCUCUUUUGACUUCAUUACGCUCUCCCUUCCCCUCGCACUGCACCAUUUCUUCUUUGAGUCGGCUUGAUCGGAGGCA